UGGAUAAAUUACGUUUUUACAUUAUACCACCACGAGAGCAAAGUCGCCUGAGACGCUGGAACGCUGGAACGCAUGCACCUCGAUAAGACGACUCGGCUCCCUUCCAUUCCCUCGAGUUCCUAGAGAUCUUUCGAAAUACUAGGAGCCCUAACCGAAAUUAUCGUGUCCUUUCGACGUACUCUUAGCCCAACUAUAAGCAGAGCUUUUACAUACUCUUCAGAUAGCAGUGCUAUCUUAAACACCAAAACGAAAGCAUAGCAUCCAGAGGGUCGAAUUUUUUUGAUGUGAUAUUUCAAGUUGUCGGCAGUAUGGAUGUCACGUCAUUAUUGAAUUCAUCCUCCUUGGUAAAAGGGGAGGCGGCGAUCGGUACGAAAGCACGGAGCAUGGUGGAUCAUGUUAUCAACUCGACAUCUAUAAGGGCGGAUGGUGUGGUAGUAUCUUCAUCUUCUCAUGAUAGCUCAUCUCAUGAGAAGACAUCACCCCGGAGGACAAGCGAUCCGAAGGUACCGAUUCGAAGUAGGACACCAUGGGAUGCCAAUGGAUAUGCGCUUCCACUAAUGCUGGAUACUAAGCUAUCCCAAGCACCAGCUCGACCAAAAUCCAACAGCACAUCACCGGCAGAAUCUGGUAGUCCGAAAUCGCCGCAGCAUAAGUGUUCAGGUAGUCAUAGCAGUCUAUCUUCGUACACAUCAUCAUCAACUUCCCUAUCUCAUUCGAGGAUUUCAUCCAUGUCUACUGUCGGAGGGAUGCAACCCAUCAGCUCUAUCCCUGACACGACAUCUCUCGAAACACAGUUUGAGUGUGCAGAGCUUCCAAUGCCGAAAAUAUGGUCAUCGUCAUCCGAUAUACCGCAAAAGGCGGCAACAGAGGAAAUUACACCUCCACCAGCAAACAAUGGGGGUACCAUAGUCACAGACUGUGUACGAUCAGGUUCACCUUCGGAUGCCAUGUUAAUAUCAAGAGGCACGCAGAGUUUAGAUCGAGUGAAAAAGCAAGAGGUAGUAGUCAUGUCCAAAGACUUUAGAUCUAAUCACACUCAUCUCAUUCCUCUUGACUUUGCGAAAGCACACAAAAGAGCUAUAUCAGCACCAAUUCUCACUGCCACGGACACAAUUGACAGAAAAGUUCCUCCAUUCUCUUCCGUCCUCCAGCCCAUCCCUUCACCUCUACAGCAGGGAGGAUUUCGAUCAAGUUACGCCAUGGAAGGUACAAACCCUCCAGCUGAACUACCAGGCCACUCGGUUUCGGACGGCGGCAUCUUUUGCAUGUACAAGCCCAAUUGCGAUACCGGAUCACAACUGCGCAAGGCCAUCUCACACAUCUUUGGUCGCAACAAGACGUGCACAAGAAACAUCCCUUCCCAUGUCUGGGUUCACUUCUGUCGAAAGCACUACCAACGUAGCCGCUAUCGCAAUGCGCAGGAAUGGGCUAGAGUCCAAUGCGAUUUGGUUUUGAAGCAAAUCCACCGCGUGCAGGACUGGAGCGAUGACAACAAGCGAUCUGGACAGGGCGGCGUCGUACAAGAAUGGUCCCUAUCCAUGAGGAAGCGGGAGCAGAACCGCGUGCAGGGUAAAUCAAGCAAGAAACGGUCUUAUCCCAACGAGAGUGAAGAUGAUGAGGACGAUGUCCCAGACACCGCUACUAUGAAUGGAACCGCCGUGCCUGAUUGGUUGCGCAGCAAGUGUGGCGAUGGAUACAGCACAGCUGAGAUUGGAGAAAUCAUGGCACGUCUGAAGCAAGAGAUGGAAGAGACCAAUAUGACGCAGAUUCCUGACAUAGAGAUCCUCCCUAACAUAUCCAUGAAUACAUCUGACAAUGGGGCGCCCAAGGUAACGGUUAAGCGCAAGACUAGCUCUGGAGGCCCUGCCCAUAAGCGAUCUCAGUCAGUUGGGGUUACUCUUCGGCCCGAGCCUCAGCCCAUGACUCGUCGAGUUAGCCAGCCCAUGUAUUGGAAACAGAAUGAUUCAAUGCGUUUGUCACCUGUCGAAAAGCGCCAAAGAGUAUCUGAUGCACCGUCAUAUCGUGAUGGUCAAGCUCAUACAGCUGCUCAUACAGCUCCGAGAUAUCCAGAGCGACCAGCACUUGCUCCACUCCGGCCGACUCACACCCUUCCCCAUCGCCCUUCUUUCAACAACAUACAGGAAAGCCGUGCCGAGGACCCUUACUAUGCUAGUGAAGAUGCCCGAGCCCCUCAAUAUGGCUAUGAUCACUGGUCGGCAUCGGCCUCUCAACAAAAUGGGGCCCAGACUACAGUUGUGUCAUCGGAGUCCACUAUGGCCCGGGAUUAUAUCGACGGCGGACGUAUGCUCCACCACCGAUCGUACCCAGAAGCUGAAACUCCGCAGCACAACUUCACGUUUCGUUCCCAGUUAGGUUAUCCUCCAAUGUCACAGGAAUCGGCGUCUUACAAUAGAGGCCCAGCGCCUUCGGGGCAUUUACACUCGGGGUCUGCCCCCUCAAACUAUUAUGAGGACCGCCCAGCCCUAGCUCAACGAAGCUUUAGCUCCUACCAGUCUCAACCACCUUGGACCUCUCCAACGCCAGGUAAUCCCCCGCAAUAUCCUAACCAAAGACACGCGCGACAUCAGAGCACCCCGUCAUCUUCUCAUGGAAACACUCCCCACAUACCUUCCAUCGAAUACGAGCACGCUAGUAGUGCCCGCCAGAUAGCAUAUGAGCAGUCUCCCCCAUACCACCGCCGCCAACGCUCAUAUGCCCAGUCUCCCCAGUAUUCUCGUCGGGCUCCGGUAUUAGAGUCUGAUCAGGCCAAGGCUGUGUUCAGCGAGCGUCGCUAGGCCAUAGGCCAAAGUUCUCUUUAUUGAGAUUGUUUCGGUUCAUUAGUCCCGCCCUAAAGAGCCUCAAUCAACGCGAUGUAUUAUUUCACAUGUUUUCCAUAUUUUCCCAUGC